AUGGCCUUUCUUUCCUACGAUGGGGAGCAUCAUCGUCUUGCAAUGAUAGAUCUGGAUGUGGUCAGGCCUGACGACACAGAGGCUGAAAAAAAAGGGCUUGUUGGCGUUGACCAUGUUGCUUAUACCUAUGCAGGUCUCGACGAUCUGCUCGACACCUAUGAACAUCUUAAAGAAAAGCAGGUGACACCCUACUGGUGUGUUCACCAUGGCAUCACCGCGUCCAUGUAUUACAAGGAUCCGGACGGGAAUCAGAUGGAGUUUCAGGUCGACUGCUUCGAGUCAGGGGAUGAAGCGGUAGAUUAUAUGAAUGGUCCGAAGUUCGAAGCGAACCCGGUAGGGGUGGAGUACGAUCCUGAAGACUGGCUGGCCAGAAGACGUGCAGGUGCAACGGUAUCCGAGUUGCUGAAUCAGCAGGUGAAUGAGCCCGUGUCUCCCAUCAGAGGGGCCGUGGAUGAAACUCUGCAUUAUGGCGCAGCGCCUGAACAAUUUAUGUCGGUAUGGCGUCCGCAGCGGGCAUCGCUUGCAACUCUGAUCCUUCUUCACGGCGGCUGUUGGUCUAACGAAUAUGAUUUAACGCACACUGGCCCCGUCGCGACUGCGCUGGCAGACGCUGGUUACAUCGUUUGGUCUGUGGAGUAUCGCAGGGUGGGUGAUGCCGGUGGAGGCUGGCCAGGGAGUUUGGAGGAUGCAGAAGAGGCUGUCCGCGUCAUCGCGAACCAGACAGCUGCGCGCCCUGUUAUUCUGCUCGGACACUCCGCGGGAGGUCAUCUGGCGCUGCUGCUUGGCGCUGGCAUGGCCACGCACGCUGACCCCAUUGUUGAAGCGGUCGUUGCUCUCUCACCCAUUGCCCGGCUCGCGCGCUACGGUGCGGGAGAUAACAGUUGUCAGAAAAUGGUGCGCCGUUUUAUGGGUGGCCAGCCUGCAGACUUGCCGGAUGCUUAUCGCUGCGCCGAUCCCGUAAAUUUAACGCCACACCCUUUAACAGUUGUGCUGAGUGGGGAGGCCGAUACCAUUGUACCUUCCGUCUUUAGCGAUCUUGAUGGCGCCUCACGUGUGAUGGUGGCAGGGGCAUCGUUGAUGGCCCGUGAAGAUGAGCAGAGUUAUCCGCCUUCUGUCCUGGCAAUGGACCGCGAUGAUCCGCUGGCCGGGUAUCGCCUGCAGUUCGACCUCCCAACAGGCAUGGCCUACUUUGACGGUAACUCGCUGGGUGCGCUGAGCCACGAAGCGCGUCGCCGCGUCGCCCAAACGACCGAGGUGGAAUGGGGUGCCAGCCUUAUAGGUGGAUGGAACGACCAUGACUGGAUCGGACUUACCCGCGUGGCUGGUGAGUUGAUCGCGCCUGUCAUUGGCGCGGGUCCUGAUCAGGUCCUGGUUGCGGACUCGAUUUCGGUAAACCUGUUCAAACUAUUGUGCGUGGCACUGCGCUUGCGUCCGGGACGCACGCGCAUUUUGACUGACACUGCCAACUUUCCAACCGACCAGUACAUCGCUCAAGGACUGGUGGAUCUGCUUGGUCCGGAACGGGCUCUGCUGGAAGCCCUGCCACUCGAUGAUAUUCCCGCAGCGCUUGAUGAGUCGGUAGCACUGGUGAUGCUCUCGCAUGUCGACUACCGAACGGGUCGUUUGCACGAUAUGUCUGGUCUCACCGCAGCCGCUCACGAAUGUGGCGCGUUGAUUUUGUGGGACCUGGCCCACAGUGCAGGAGCACUGCCUCUGGGUCUUGAUGCUGAUCAGGUUGAUCUCGCGGUUGGCUGCGGUUACAAGUAUCUGAACGGCGGACCCGGUGCACCGGCCUUUUUGUAUGUUGCCAAGCGCCAUCAGGACUUGGCGCGUCAACCUCUACAGGGCUGGAUGGGCCAUGCAGAGCCAUUCGCUUUUGAGUCUGAGUACCGGCCUGCUGAAGGUAUCGAGCGUUUUGCCAGCGGAACCCCGCCGAUCCUGUCUUUAGCUGCUUUGCACGCGGCUCUGCAGGUCUUUGAUAACCUGGAUAUGCGCAUGGUGCGGGACAAGUCCAUGGCACUGGGAAGCCUCUGCCAGGCGCUGAUCGAAUCCAAACCUGUGCUGGGUACGCUGACUCUAGUAUCCCCUUCGUUACCUGAGCAACGAGGCAGCCAGCUCUCCUAUCGGCACCCUGAUGCUUACCAGAUCUGUCAGGCGUUAAUCAAAAACGGCGUGGUGGUCGAUUUCCGCGCACCGGAUAUUCUCCGUAUCGGGUUUGCCCCACUGUACCUGCGUUAUGCUGAUGUCUGGCGACUGGUAGAGGCUCUGGAGUCAGUGAUAUCGACUGAUGCCCACCUGGAUCCCAGUCUUGCCAGACGUAAGAGGGUAAAAACGACUAUGGCGCAGAUCGCUGAGCAGAUUUCUACAGAUAUCAGACAGGCUCUGAAAGCCGACGAACUGGACUUGCCUUCGCUGCCAGAAGUAGCGCUGCGCAUCCGCGAUGAAGCCCAGUCCAGGAACGUCAGUGCAGUAUCACUCAGUAAGGUGGUUGGCGAGGAUCCAGCGCUAGCUGCGCAGCUCGUCAAGACCGCAAAUUCACCGAUGUUCAUGGCGGCGCGCCCCAUAGAUGACCUAGCUCAAGCGAUCAGUCGCUUGGGUGUGGAAUACGCCGCAAAUAUUGUCACGGGUCUUGCCAUGAAUCACAUGUUUCAGGCGACUUCGGAGCUGAUUGAUAACAAGAUGCGAGAAGUCUGGAAAACCUCUACAGACGUUGCUGCCUGGAGUGCCGUGCUCGCCAAACGGUUUACCAAGUUGCGCCCGGACCAGGCAACCCUUGCAGGGCUUACACACUCUAUUGGUGUACUGCCCAUCUUGAGCUGGGCUGAAGAAAACGAUGAUCUGUUGAAUGACAGCAAAACCCUCGAUCGAGUGAUUGAAAGCAUUCAUCCUGUGAUUGGCACCAUGAUUCUGAUGCGCUGGAAUUUCGCUGAGGAGAUUAUCAGCGUGCCGGAAGGGUACAUGUCACCCAUCAGGCAAGGCACCGAUGUCGACUAUGUCGACCUUGUAUCUGCAGCGCUUCUGCUGGUUAACCGCGCUGGUCCCGAUACGCCUCUUUGUGAUGAACCCUGGGCAGAUGCGCCGGUAUUUGCAAGGAUUGGUAUAGAUCUCAGCAUGGAUGCGUUACCACUUCAAAAGCUCACCGAACAGGUGGAAGCUGUACGCGGUGUGGAUGGCAACAUCAGCCCCAGCCCCAGCCCCAAUUUGGGUUCAGGCCGCGGUCUUGGUCGCGAACAUGCACUGUUGCUCGCGUCUCGCGGCUGCAAAAUCAUUGUUAACGACCCGGGUAUUGCUUACGACGGUUCCGGUAAUGCGCAGCAUCAGGUGGCGGAUGAAGUGGUGGAUGAAAUCCGUGCUUCAGGCGGAGAGGCCGUUGCCAAUUACGACUCGGUGGAACAGGGUCAGGCGAUUAUAGAGGCAGGUCUGCAAGCCUUUGGCCGGAUAGAUAUCGUCAUUAACAAUGCCGGCAUCAUCACGCCACAAACGUGGAGCGAACUCACCCUCGAAUCCUGGCAGAAAACAAUUGAUGUGAACCUGACGGGUGUUUUCUCCGUUAUGCAGGCGGCCUGGCCGGUGCUGGUUGAACAAGGAUACGGUCGCUGUGUUGUGACUGCCUCACCUGCUAUAUAUGGCGCGGGUGUUGCGGCGUAUGCAGCGAGCAAGGCCGGGGUGAUUGGCCUUGCUAAUUCACUGCAGUUUGAAGCGCGCAAACUGAAGCUUGAUAUCAAAUGUAACGUCAUUGUGCCCCAGGCCAAUACCCGCAUGGUGCAGGAUUUAAAUGCCAACAUCUCUGCCAGCCGGGUGGCAAAGGGUAAGUCUGAGUUGAAACGCGCUCCAGCAGAAAUACUGGACAGAAUGGGUCCGGAAAAAGUAUCCGCCAUGGUGGCCUGGCUGGCUCACUCCGAGUGUCAAUCUGAAGCGAAAAUCUUUGAAGCCGGUGCCGGCUAUUUUGCACAGCUCAACUGGGCAAGGUCAGCGCCGCUGUUUGCCACGGAAAAAGAAGGGGUGGAGGGUGCGCCGUUACCGGAGCAUAUUCGCGAUGGUCAGGCUACCCUGCAUGACUUUGCAGCCGGCGAUAUGCCCAGGUCAGGCGACGGCGCCAUGGGUUCACCCAACGCUCUGGAAUGGGUGUUUGGGCAUUUGAAGAGCAAUAAGUAA